ACUUGCAUGGCUUUGUGUUAACUAGCUUAUAUAAAUAACGUUAGCAUAUUUUAGCUAGCUAUAAGACGUAGGAGGUAGCGCUGCUAUAACCAAAACGAGAAUUCUCCCCGGAAGUGGGUGGUGCAUGCAAAUAGUUUUAUGCUAACGUUAGUUAGUUAGCUAUAUAGUAGCAGCAACAGCUGGUUGCUAGUUGAUUUUCUUGCCAAGCAAAUUUAAAACUGGCCAUUACGAUACCGCUAAUGGUUCGAUAUGACAAACCGCAACAUUCUGGGUAACAUUAGCUAGCUAGCUAGGGAACGUUAAACACAACGUUUUGAAGGGCUUAGUUUUGGUGUUUCCUGUGCCCUAUGAUCUAAAUCAGAUUUGCUGUCUGGAUAUAGGGGCUGAAGGAGGAUGGCGGUGUGGAUCCAGGCCCAGCAGUUGCAGGGGGAUGCGCUGCACCAGAUGCAGUCUCUCUACGGACAGCACUUCCCCAUAGAGGUGCGUCACUACCUGGCCCAGUGGAUCGAGGGGCAGCUCUGGGAUUCUGUGGAGCUGGAGAACCCCCAAGAUGAGCUGAAGGCCAAGCGUCUGCUGGACAGCCUGGUGCAGGAGCUGCAGAGGAAGGCCGAGCACCAAGUGGGGGAGGACGGCUUCCUGCUCAAGAUCAAACUGGGACACUACGCCAGCCAGCUCAAGAGCACAUAUGACCGCUGUCCUCUUGAGCUGGUGCGCUGCAUCAAGCACAUCCUUCACUCGGAGCAGAGGCUGGUGCAGGAGGCCAACAACGCCGUCGGGAGUGGCGGUGGGGGUGGGACCAUGGACAGCCUGUCCCAGAGGCACCAGCAGAUCAACCAGACGUUUGAGGAGCUGCGCGUGUCCACGCAGGAGACUGAGAACGAGCUGCGCAAGCUGCAGCACAACCAGGAGUAUUUCAUCAUCCAGUACCAGGAGAACCUGCGCAUCCAGGCCCAGUUGAGCAGUCUGUCAGCCGUGCCGGCAGAAGAGCGAACCCAGAGGGAGACCAGCCUGCAGGCCAAGAGAGCCACCGUGGAGGCUUGGCUCACCAGGGAGGCCAACACACUGCAGAAAUACAGACUGGACCUGGCGGAGAAGCACCAGAAGACUCUGGGCCAGCUGAGGAAGCAGCAGACGCUGAUCCUGGAUGAGGAGCUGAUCCAGUGGAAGAGACGUCAGCAGCUGGCCGGCAACGGGGGACCCACUGAGGGGGGACUGGAUGUCUUGCAGUCCUGGUGUGAAAAGCUAGCGGACCUGAUCUGGCAGAACCGGCAGCAGAUCCGGCGGGCCGAACACCUGACCCAGCAGCUACCUCUGCCUGGCCCAAUGGAGGAGCUGCUCACCAAGCUCAACUCUGACAUCACCGACAUCAUCUCCGCUCUCGUCACCAGUACGUUUAUCAUCGAGAAGCAGCCCCCCCAGGUGCUGAAGACCCAGACUAAGUUUGCGGCGACUGUGCGCCUACUGGUGGGCGGGAAGCUCAACGUGCACAUGAACCCCCCACAGGUCAAGGCAGUCAUCGUCAGCGAGCAGCAGGCCAAGGCCCUUCUCAAGAAUGAGAGCACCCGCAAUGACAGCAGUGGAGAAAUUCUCAACAACAACUGUGUGAUGGAAUACCACCGGACCACAGGAACCCUGAGUGCUCACUUCAGGAACAUGUCCCUGAAGCGGAUCAAGCGGUCGGACCGUCGCGGGGCAGAGUCGGUCACAGAGGAGAAGUUCACUGUCAUGUUUGAGUCUCAGUUCAGCGUGGGGGGCAACGAGCUGGUCUUCCACGUCAAGACAUUAUCUCUCCCCGUCGUGGUGAUAGUUCACGGUAGUCAAGACAACAACGCCACGGCAACGGUCCUGUGGGACAACGCUUUUGCAGAGCCGGGCAGGGUGCCAUUUGUCGUUCCUGACAAGGUACUGUGGCCCCAGCUGUGUGAAGCCCUAGACAUGAAAUACAAGGCAGAGAUGCACAGUGCCCGCGGCCUCUGCGACGACAACCUGGUCUUCCUGGCCCAGAAGGCAUUCAGCAGCGCCAGCAUAAACCCAGAAGACUACCGCAACAUGACCAUGUCCUGGGCCCAGUUCAACCGGGAGAGCUUGCCAGGGAGGAACUUCACUUUCUGGCAGUGGUUUGACGGAGUCAUGGAGCUCAUGAAGAAACACCUGAAGCCCCACUGGAAUGACGGGGCGAUCUUGGGCUUUGUGAAUAAACAGCAGGCCCAGGACAUGCUGAUGUCCAAGCCCAACGGGACCUUCCUGCUCCGCUUCAGUGACUCUGAGAUCGGGGGCAUCACCAUCGCCUGGGUGGCAGAGAACCCUAACAAAGCGGGGGAGAGGCUGGUGUGGAACCUCAUGCCGUACACCACCAAAGACUUUUCCAUCCGCUCACUAGCCGACCGCAUCAGUGACCUCAACCACCUUAUGUUCCUCUAUCCCGACCGGUCCAAGGACGAGGUGUUCUCCAAGUACUACACCCCUCCCCUCUCAAAAGCAGUGGAUGGCUACGUCAAACCACAGAUCAAGCAGGUUGUGCCAGAAUUCACUACUCCCAACCCUGAGCCGUCCAGUGGGAACCCCACCUACAUGGACCAGGCACCCUCCCCGUCAGUGGCUCACCCCAUCAACUUUGCAAUUUUCCCUCCCAUCAGAAGUGACCCCAUGAUGGACGCAGAUGGAGAGUUUGACCUGGAAGACACCAUGGAUGUGGCCCGACACGUGGAGGAGCUUCUGCGGCGGCCCAUGGCCAACCAGUGGGACGGCCAACAGUCCUGAACUUUCACCUUUGACCCCUGACCCUGCACCCAACAAGAGCAAGCACCCAGAAAACAUCCAAUGGUUUUGUUGGUCCCAUUGGUUUAUAUUGUCUAUUUUUUU